GGGAGGUGGUGGCGGGGGGUCUCGGAUCAGAUUAGUUUCCAAACGCGCACCGGUGGCGGUGCGGAGGGAACGCGGUUGGAUUUGUGCGUCUUUCUGUUUUUUCUUUUUCUUUUUUUUCCCUUCUUCUUCUUCUUUGCCUCGUGUUUCCCGGCAGCAGGAGGGUUCCGAACAGAACUAUGGAUUACUCCUUCUGUGUUCUGGUUCUGUUAAGCGUUUCGUCUGUGUCGACCGGACUGUUCCCGGAGCCCCCGGAAAUAAAAGAGUGGGUGAACCAGAUUCAAAAAGAUUUGAUCACAUUAACAGACUCAGCCAGCGGCUUGCAGAACUUAAAACAGAUAUACCAUAAACAUAAAAACCACUUCAGUGUCGAGACCAACAAUGCAGUCGAACUGGUGUCAACUGCUGCUGGGAACAUAGAGAAGCUGCUGGCAAACCGCUCUCAGGCCCUAAAGAGGCUGGCAACAGAAGCGGAACAGUUUCAAAAGCUACACGAGUGGACAGUCCACAGUGAGACGAACAAGCCACUUUACUACAAUGCCAAAGAUGGUACAAACAGGACAGCACUAGAGAUAGAACAAGAGGAGGAUGAAGAAAAGGAGAAGAAGAACCGGUUUAUUCCAGAUGAUUUUGAUGAAGACCCAGACUUCAAACGGCUUGUCUCCUACAACACCACUGCUGUCCAUAUCCCGACUGACAUAUAUGAAGGCUCAACAAUCAUUUUGAAUGAGCUAAAUUGGACGGAUGCAUUGGAGGAUGUUUUCCGGAAAAACAAAGCAGAAGAUCCCUCGCUGCUGUGGCAGGUGUUUGGCUCUGCGACGGGUUUGGCUCGUUACUACCCAGCAUCCCCUUGGAUCAACACAGGUGGUUCACCUAACAACAUUGACCUCUAUGAUGUACGCAGACGACCUUGGUACAUUCAGGGAGCAGCGUCACCCAAGGACAUGCUGAUCCUAGUGGAUGCGAGUGGAAGUGUGUCCGGUCUCACCCUCAAACUCAUCAAAACGUCUGUCAGUAAGAUGCUGGAGACCCUCUCUGAUGAUGACUUUGUGAACGUGGUGUCUUUCAACAAAAGUGCCAGACCUGCAGCGUGCUUUCAGAACCUGGUGCAGGCCAAUGUGAGGAACAAGAGGAUCCUAAAGGAGGCUGUGCAGAGCCUCAAAGCUGAGGGGAUCACCAACUACACAAGUGGCUUUGAGCUGGCCUUCGAACAGCUUAACCAGACGAAUGUGUCGAGAGCCAACUGCAACAAGAUGAUAAUGCUGUUCACUGAUGGAGGAGAGGAGAGGGCRGAGGAGAUCUUUGUAAAAUACAACCCAAAGCAAAAAGUGCGCAUCUUUACCUUUUCCGUUGGUCAACACAGCUACGACAAAGGGCCGAUACAGUGGAUGGCUUGUGCUAAUAAAGGGUAUUAUUACGAGAUCCCAUCUAUAGGGGCCAUUCGAAUAAACACUCAGGAGUAUUUGGAUGUUUUGGGUCGGCCGAUGGUCAAAGCAGACCGAAGGGCCAAGCAAGUUCAAUGGACAAACGUCUACAUGGACGCACUGAAACUUGGUCUUGUGAUCACCGGAACGAUGCCUGUUUUCAACAAAACUAGUACGGGCCCAAAGAAGUCUCAAAACCAGCUUAUCUUGGGAGUUAUGGCCAUUGAUGUCUCCCUGGAAGACAUCAAGAGACUGACUCCUCGGUUUACAUUUGGACCAAAUGGCUAUUACUUUGCUAUUGAUCCAAAUGGAUAUGUGCUGCUCCAUCCUAAUCUUCAGCCACCGACUGCCAAGUUUGAUGAACCUGUGACGCUCGACUUUUUAGAUGCGGAGAUGGAGAAUGAAGUCAAAGUGAAGAUAAGAAAAGAAAUGAUUGAUGCUCAGACAGGGAGUUACACUAUAGAAACACUGGUGAAAUCUCAAGAUGAGCGCUACAUGGACCAAGGUUGGAGGACGUACACCUUUGCACCAGUGAAGGGGACAGAUUACAGCCUUGCCCUGGUCCUUCCUGAAUACAGCAAGUAUUACAUCCGCGCCACGAUCGGCGACACGAUUACCCAGGCAAAAUCGGUUUUGGGAAAAACUGUUUCUGAGAGCCUGAUGGCAGACAAGUUUGAUGAAUAUGGCUACACAUUCAUCGCACCAAGGAUGUACUGCAAAGACUUAAAGCCACCUGAUAAAAACUCCACCAACACAGAGUUCCUGAAGGAGUUUAAUAACUAUAUUGACACAAAGACUCCAAACAAUCCAAUGUGUAAUGUAGAGCUGGUGAACCGACUCCUUUUGGAUGCUGGCAUCACCUCAGACCUGAUCAAGAUCUGGAAGAAAAACGAGUUUCAGCAUGGUGUUGCAGCCAGAUUUGUCGCCACUGAUGGAGGAAUAACACGUGUCUUCCCUAAAAGUGCCGGACUCGACUGGAAUGAGGAAGCAGAAACUUACGAGUCCAGUUUCUACAAGCGCAGUUUGGACAAUAACCUGUACAUCUUUACUCCAACACGUUGCAGUGAAAGUAACAACUCAGUCCUUGUGAGCACAGCAGUAAACGUCACAAUAGAUGGCAUCACUCUUAAACCAGCUGUUGUUGGUGUGAAGUUGGACAUCGAGGCGUGGAUGGAGAUUUUAAUCAACGUCACACACAAGAGUGAUUGCAAGGAUGAGAUCUGUGGCUGUACGAGAAAUAAUAAGAGAGUAGACUGCGUCAUUCUAGAUGAUGGUGGAUUCAUUGUGAUGUCCAACCAAGAUGACCACAUUUCCAAGAUUGGGUGUUUCUUUGGCGUCGUCGAUCCCGUUCUGAUGCGAGCCUUGGUCAACUCAUCCCUGUUUACCUCCAUAAGCACCUACGACUACCAGUCGCUCUGUGACCCUAAGAGAGAGAACAAGGCGGCUGCGGGCCUGCGCUCCGUCUACGUACCAACUAUUGCAGAUAUUCUGAAUUUAGGAUGGUGGGCCACAGCUGCAACCUGGUCAAUAGUGCAGCAGUUGCUGGUCAGCAUCACGUUCCCCAGUUUUCUGGAUGCAGCUGAAAUGGAUGAUGAAGCAUCUGAUACGAUGACCAAGGAGGUGUGCAUCACAGAGCAAACCCAAUACUACUUUGAGACUAAUGACUUGUCUUUCAGAGGCAUUAUUGACUGUUCCAACGACAGCAGGACGUACCACGCAGAAAAGCUGCACAAGACAAACCUGGUCUUCAUCAUUAGUGAGAGGGUGGAAAGCAAAGGCACAUGUGAUUCACCCCCAUUAAUACAGGAUGAGCAACAAUCCGAUGGGCCUGAUCCCUGCGAAAUGGCUCUCGAGCCUCGCUACAGGAAAGGACCUUCAUUUUGUUUUGAUAAAAACGAGGAUGAGAAGGACCCUGACUGUGGCGGAGUGUCCGGCCUGAGUCCGUCACUUUGGCUCAUGGUGGUCCUUCAGGUUGUCUUGCUGUGGGUUGUAAUGGACUCCAGGCACCACGCCGUCCCAUCAUGACCUCAGAACAACAGGAACCAGUCUUACACAACCGCUCCCUACAGAUAACAAACAUGGCUACCAGCAUGCAGCGCUACCAUCGAAACCACCUCCGACGAACGGCGCUUUGUAACAAAGAAACGAAAAAGAUGAGAACCCACUUGAGUUUCCUUCUAUUUUUACUUUCUGGGCGUUCUCUAAGUGAUGGGACCGGGKUACAGGUGGCUAAAGAAAUGUAUCUGCCAAGAUUUGAUUGAUUAGAAAGGUCUUCAACUAUCCCUCAUUAAUUCUGUGGAUCCCGCCAUCMAGAGAUUAAUUUUGUUUGGCGACUUCCAAACAUUAUUUAGCUCGAUGUCAUUGAAAGAACAGAUCGGACUGCCUUACACAGUCAACAAGAACUAAAACAUGACUUUUUUUAUUCAAAAUGCUGAGAGGUUUUAUUCAUCACUGCCAAAAACAGUGCAAGAGUAGACUUUACUUUGAAUCGACUUGCAGUGCUUAGUUGUUAGAGAUUUAUUUUUUCGAUUGAGGAUUUGGCUGAGACGUCUCUCACUGAUGCCAAAUGAUUACAUCUGUCACUGUUCAGUUGCCUCAGCUGGGUUGUUGGUUCUUUUGUUGAAGUCAGAUUUUCAGAUGAAAUCACCAAGAACCUUUUUAGUGUCUCUGAGGACCAUAUUUGUACUUCAAUCUGCUGCCUUUUUAUUUACAUACCCUGUUUGCAGUGUGGAGAUUCUGUUUAGUGUAAUCAUUCUCAAGAGCCAACCCUUGUACUGCCACAGAGUGUUUGUGUGUGUAGGUUUGUAGCUGUAAAGCUGAUUGAACAAUCAGCUCGGGAGCUGUCUGUGUUUGAAAUUCCUGCCUUGAUUGUUGGAUCGCUCCAAGGAAAUCUUUGUUGCCAUAGAGAGCAUUAACCAAUCAGGAUGAACCUGGCUGGUGUCCAACGUGGCUCAUUGGACAAAUUCUCCUGUGCCAUGUGGACUGUUUCAUUCAUUUAUUAUUUAUUAGUUUGAAUAAGGUGUCAGGGUUAAAUUCAGAUGUUUGCCUUCAGACAAGAAACUUAGAGAGUUAAGGGAAUAUUUGACUUCUCAACAUAUAGGUGAUUUUUUUUUUCUUUUUCAAUCACGUUUUCAAAUGAAAUGACUACUGUCUGCAC